GCGCCGCUGGCGCCGUCCUCGGCUCCGAGAGUGGCCCAUCACGUACUGGAGCCCGCGCGUGGAGCUGGCAGCUCAGAGGCAGUGCGCCGCCAUGGGCGGCAGAAAGCGCACGAGUGCAGACAGCGACAGCGGCGCCCCCGUCAAGGUGGCUCAGCCUCGCAAAGGGAAGGCUGGAGGCGUCGGCAGUGACGCAGUGGCCUGCGACCGCUGCGACGAGCCCGUGGAUCGGUCGACGUGCCAUCGUGGCAAGGGUUCUGGGCGUGGCGCCCCUCCGACAUACGGGUGCGACACGUGCUUCGCGUGCUUCACCCGCCACUUCCAGCAGGACAUGGCCUGGCAGGACUUCUGCGAGAGGUGCCGCGAGGACGAGGAUUUCAACAAGGACUGCGACAGCAAGAUCCAGGCCGACAGCGAGCUUGCCGCGAACAUCGAGGAUGCUAUCGGCGAGCAUGGCAGCGUCGAGGUGGACGUACUCUACGGCCAGGAGAUCAGCAAGACGUCGAUCCAGUUAACGAAGGAGCAGUGGACAGAGAGGGUCUGCCCGAAGGGCGCGGUUGGCAUCACGCCUGAGAUGUGCAAGGUGGAAGAGACCCGCGUUGUCUCGUCCUCUCAGCCUGGCGUGAGCUCGACUGGCGUCGUGCGCCAGUACCCGUCGAAGCCGUUCACGGAGAUCAAGAACUACACCAGGGCGGAAGUACGCUUGAGCACCAUCAAGCUCACGGCGGCGAAAGCGGCAACUUCAAGAGGGGAGCAGCAGACUUUCAAGCAGGAGAUCACGAAGAUCAGACAGAAGCAAGCGACCAUCCUCCGAGGGCACGCCAAGGUGCCGACGCUCACCCAGUUGCAGGAGAUCGCCAACGCGGAGGCUGUGAGCCGUGGCCUUUCGGCUUGGCCGCCAAAGGCCAAGGGCUCGCCUGCUGUUCCGUCGGAGUUCCUCGCCAUCGAGAACGGGGGCGCCGACGAGGUGGAGUCUCCAGCGCCGAGUGCGGGUACGCACGUGAGCUCUGGGCGCAAGAUUGCACCGAAGGCGUCGGCGGCAGCCUUGGCUAGCGACAAGGUGCGGUGGGAGCAGUUGAAGCAUGCCGUCGUCAUCCCUGACAUCCUCGACGGCUUGCCGAAGGGCGAUCGGGUCUACAGCUUGAAAAGGUUCCGACCUACUUCAGCCAGCAUGGCGAUCAUGGCCGAGACACUGCACACGAAAGCUGAGACAGCGACAACGCUAGUGACCAACAUCAACGAAAUGGGUUGGGAGCAGAUCUGUGGGCAGCUUAAGAAACUAACAAACGGGGACGUCGAGUGCGCCUACAACUUCACGCAGACCCUGCUGAGGAAGUACUUGCUCCUGGGCAACCCCUCGAUCGAUCAGAUCGCGGAUGCGAUCUUGCCAGUCACAGCCACGCCAGAGCCCUUCAACAUGUACGAGCCCAAGCUCUCCAGCAUGAAGAGCGACAUCGACUCGAGAGUUGCGGUGUCUCGAGAGAUCCUCAUGGACAUCGUGGUGCUUCCUGGCUUGGCGGACCCCUCCAUGGUCAAGCACCUGCAGCAGCUUGGGGUCGCCUUGGCCGACCACUUCGGUGGCAGCUUGCCGGAGUGGAGCCCAAGCGUCAAAGACUACUUCGAGAAGGUCGUUGGCGUGGGCCUCUUGCUGACCCACCUGGGCAACGACGACCCUGAGUCCUUCUCGGCCUGCGCCCCGCACAUGCCAUUAUUGAUCAACUUGCUGACGGGUGGCUUCUCCGAUCCAGAGUGGGCGCCGCUCGCGGCGGCUUUCGGAAAGCACGAGCCCUGGGCCGAGUGGAAGUCGUCAUUUCGACGGGCUGCUUUGACAGACCUCCAAGCGGCGCCGAAGAUGAACUCGUUGAUGCUGGAGCUGAGGGCUUCUGAGUUCGAUGAAGAUGGUUUGAAUGCCCUCACCUCUGCGAUCACGUCCAUCGGUCAUUGGAGGAAGACGUGCCGUGGCAAGGCAUCGUCGACAGUGAAGGCGGAGGAAGCAGUCCAGCAGACCAUCAUCAGGAUGACCAGCACUCUAGUCGACAGCAGCGACGCCCUCGUGAACCUGGAGAUGUUGAGCAAGCUCGAGGUGGUCAUGACCCAAUACUCUGUGGCUGCGGACUUCUCCCUGGACGACGAGGCGACCGAUAAGCUGGACGGUGCGUACGCUCGCUUGCUGGACAAGCGCACCGCCGCCGAGGCGUCCAGGAGUUCAUCGGCCAUCAUGGCGUCGGUCACCAAGUACCUCAGCGACCCCAGCGAGGAGAACCUGGACUUCGUCAACAUCGCCCUCAGGACCAACAAGAAGGUUAGCAUCAGCGUCAAGGACGAUUGCGAGAACAUCGCCAGGGCGAUUGCCAUCAUCUUCAAUGGCAUCGAGGUGCUCGACGUGAAGAACCCCGACGAGAUGGUGAGGGGCCCUGAGAUGGGCACUCUGAUUAAGAACGCCUGGUGGCGCAAGGGCAUCGCCGAUAGCCUGCGGAAGACCAUCAGCCACCUCGGCGACACCUCCCUCCUGAACAAUGCGGUCAACAUGCGGUGCGCGGACGUGGAGGGGCACAUUGGGCACAUCGUUCAGUUCGAGAAGUUCAUCUCGGUGACGGCGCAGCAGGACGCAGAGAACGCGGCGCUCAAGGCGGUAUACCAGGAGCUCGUGUCAGCUACGAUCAGCGUGCCAGCCGUGAACUCCGACACCGAGGAUGCGCACUUGGUUCCUUUCGGCUUCGACGCGUGGAAGGUCUUCACAGAGAAGGUGGGUCCGUGGAUCCCAGCGGCGAAAGAAGCGACGGAUGUCUACUCGAAGAUGCGUGCUACCGAGGCCGCGGCGGCAGCCAGCCGCGUGGCGUCAAGGCUGGAGGAGAUCGCUGGCGGCAUGGCCGACGGCAGCGGCUUCAUGGACACCUACACUGGCAGCGAUGACGACUGGCCAAGCCUCCAGGACCAUCUCAAAAAAACGCUGUUCCGUCAGAUCGGCAUCAGCAAUAAGAUCAAAACGUUGGUCAAGGACGUAGCCGAGAAGCGUGGUGAGUUUACGGCGGCCUGCGCAGAUUUCGCAGUGGUCGAGUCCGAAUUCGAGUCGGAGAAGAAGAAGUGGACGGAUGCCGCCCAGAAGAGCAACGUCACGAUGACCGUGGCGUCGCUCGCGCAGGCGGCGGCGGCGAAGGGUGCGUCAGCGACGGACACCUUGACGAGGGCGAUCGACGCCAUGACGGCGAGGGCGGUGGCGGUGGAGGAGAUCCCCACGGGCCUCUGGAAAGAGGUCCAGAGGCGCUUGGCCGAGUGA